CUUUGCGGAGUAGGCCACGCGUGGUGAACAGGGGGAAAAAAAUACGCCGUCCAGCUCAUCACACGUUACGCUUAUGCGUGGGGAGGGCCUUGGCUCUAGUGGUCCGGUGUUGGCGGUCAGCGCUUAAUUUAUGGUGAUCAUGGCAUUUGACAAUACCACCUUACCAAAGUAGCCAUAUGGCCGAGGCGGUUCCGUGAAGCGUGACUAGAAGAGAUGGACCCUACGAUUGUCGCGUGCGCGGAUAUAUAAAAGAUGGAAUCGUGCUCUGGAAUGCUGUUGAAGAGAGCUAUAAAAACUAUUUAAAAAUAGCACCAGCCCGAUAAUCUUCAGCAAGCAACCAAGCACUUCUCUACUGCCCCAUCAUGACGCGUCUCUUGGAAACCAGCUUGAUGCUGCUCGUAUCGACUUCGGUCCUGGCUGCACCAACCGCCGGCCAAGUCUCUACUUGCGCUACCAAGGGCAAGCCUGCCGGCAAGGUCCUCCAAGGAUACUGGGAGAACUGGGACGGCGCAAAGAACGGCGUGCACCCGGGCUUGGGCUGGACACCCAUCACCAACCCAGACAUCAAGAACCACGGCUACAAUGUGAUUAACGCCGCCUUCCCCAUCAUCUACCCCAACGGUACUGCACUAUGGGAAGAUGGCAUGGACACCAACGUCAAGGUUGCCACGCCCGAAGAGAUGUGCCAGGCCAAGGCGAACGGCGCCACGAUCCUCAUGUCUAUUGGCGGCGCCACUGCUGCCAUCGAUCUGAGCUCCAGCGCAGUCGCUGACAAUUUUGUCAACAGCAUCGUGCCUAUUCUGAAGAAGUACAACUUUGACGGCAUCGACAUUGAUAUUGAGGCCGGCCUCACAGGCAGCGGCAGCAUCAACACGCUCUCCACAUCGCAGGCCAACCUGAUCCGUGUUAUUGACGGCGUGCUGGCCAAGAUGCCCGCCAACUUUGGCUUGACCAUGGCGCCCGAGACGGCAUACGUCACCGGCGGCAGUGUCACCUACGGAUCCAUCUGGGGCUCUUACUUGCCCAUUAUCAAGAAGUACGUCGACAACGGCCGCCUCUGGUGGCUCAACAUGCAGUACUACAACGGCGACAUGUACGGCUGCAAGGGUGACUCCUACCAGGCGGGCACUGUCGAUGGCUUCAUUGCUCAGACAGACUGCCUCAACAACGGCCUCACUGUCCAGGGCACCACCAUCAAGAUCCCCUACAGCCAGCAAGUUCCCGGUCUGCCUGCCCAGUCUGGCGCUGGCGGCGGUUACAUGACCACAUCGCAGGUCGCGCAAGCCUUUGACCACUACAAUGGUGCUCUGAAGGGCUUGAUGACCUGGUCUAUCAACUGGGACGGAUCCAAGGGCUGGACCUUUGGCGACAACAUGAAGAGCCGCGUUGCCAAUUAAAGUAGACGCUAGUAUUUGACUUGGCGUCUAUUUUAUUUAAUGUGUAUAUGAAAUCCUUUGAUGUAUAUAGCUUCUCUACCUCAUCAUUCACCAUUUUACUCCAAAAAUACAAUUUCUUUUUCUGGAAAACCAUAGUACAAUCCUUAUAUACCAUCCAUGACGCUUAAAUGCACGGCUCGCGCUACUCUGCAUC